AUGUCUUCCAAGCCCAUAGUAGUAAUCUUUGGCGCGGGUGCCAACAUUGGCGCUGCAGUCACCAAAACCUUUGUCGAGGCCGGGUAUCGCGUAUGUGCAGUGUCACGCAGUGCAAAGCCAUCCGACGAUGGUAAUGUGCUGUCCGUCCAGGCUGACCUGAGCAAGCCCGCGGAGGUGCCCCCCGUCUUUGACACAAUCAAAAGCCACUGGGGUAGUGACGCUUUUCCCAAAGUAAUUAUCUGGAAUGCUGGUCGUCGAACGCCUACUCCUGACAAGAGUAACAUCUUUAGUGUUCCCACCGAGGACUUGCUAACAGAUUUUGCCAUUGCCAAUGCGAGCCCUUGGGCAGCUGCCAAUGAGGCCAUCAAAAACUGGGCCGAUAACGUCCAAGGAGUCUUUAUUUGCAAUGGAAACAUUAUGGGCAAAGCUGUCUUUCCACACCCAGACUACACUACCCUUGGGGUUGGCAAGAGAGCUGCAGCAUACUGGGUUGAGGCGGCUGACAUAACUUAUAAGCCAAAGGGCUUAAGAUUUUACUUUGCUGAUGAACGAACUGCCGAGGGUCGUCCUGUAGGUAGCGUGCCAGGGGCUGAUUCACAUGCUCGCAUGUUCCUGGAGCUUGCAAAAGGCAACGACGAUCUACCAUGGUACCUUACGUUUGUUCAGGGGAAAUAUAAGCAGUUUUAG